CUCUCCACUCUUCACCUCCCCACAGCGCAGCAGUUUACCAACCCACAGAGCCCACACUCCGCUGUACAAAGGUGUUUUACGCGACGACUGGAAGACGAUGCAGUACUGGAAGCCCGGAGAGAAGAGGCCGGGAGGCGGAGAGGGAGGUGGCGGGCCAGCAGGCGACGGCGGAGGGAGUGGGUCAGACCGCGUGAGCGACGGGCAAGGACGGACAGAUAGCAAGAAGCGGGUGGACAAGAGCAGGAGGGAUGAAGGCGGAAGGGGGAGCACCGACAAAGGCAACAGAAGAAGCAGUGAAGGCGCGAAGAAGAGGGUGAGGAAGGGGAAAGGCAAGGAGAGGCACAGCACCGGCAGCGGGUUGGGAGGCAUCAAGGGGGAAGUGUCGCGGGCUGCCUCUAAGCCGCCAGUCGCUGGGCCGUCACAGGGCCUGCUAGCGAUGAAGUUCAUGCAGCGCAAGGCACAGGCGGACGAGGCUCAGAAGCAGCGGCAGGAAAAGAGAGAGAAGCUGGAAAGCGAUUUUAGCUCCUCCUACGCGAAACGGCUCAAGGCGGACAAGGACACCGGGAAAGACCGGCGAAAGGUGCUUAUCUGCCGACGAGACGAGCAAGACCCAGCGCUAGUGGUAGUCGGGAGGAGAUCGUUCGGGGGGUUCAACGUCGUCGCGGAGGCGGCCUACGACGCGUGCAUUCGAGACAUAGAGGCCGGGGAGAGGUUAGGGCGGCCCGGCAGAGGAGAAGAUGCUGGAGGGGAUGGCAUAUCGGACACAGAAAUGGCGGAGAGGCUUGGGAAGAACGUGCGCCACGCUGGCCAGAGAUGACCCCACCAAAGCUAACUAUCGUUCAUCUCGAAGAAGCCAUCAUAGCACCCCUCGCACGGCCCGCUAGUCCUUCGCUUGAGGUUGAAAUCGCCAUAUCGUAGGGAGGGGCGAUUGGGGACCAGCUUGGCGGAAGGAACAUCGCCCGCAACAGUGAACGAGAGUGUUCGCACGUUGCUGGUCAUUGGACAGCAACAAACCCCCCUCGUGAAGGGACUCUCCAAGGCCACCUGCUGAAACUGGUAGCGGCAAGUCACUACAUAUGUACCAGCUGUGUUUCGUGC